AUGAAAGCAAUCCUAACAUUUUUAUGCAUUAUCUAUAUGCUCGUAUGUGCAUGGGCUAAGCCAACUUCGAUUAAACCAGGUGCUCCUCCUACAGAAAUCAGCGUCAUUUCCCUUAAUAUCUGUCCAAUUCCAAUGUGUAUGCAAAUUCAACAACCAUGCGACAAUAUCCAAAUGAGUUAUAUGACUAUCGGUGGUAAUAAAUGCCCAAUGUGCGCCUAUUGUGCUUCACCAUCAUCCUCCUCAGGUUUAUUGGAAUAA